CUUAUCUUUCUUCUCCCUUCCUUCUAUUCCGUUUCCAGUGUUCCUCAAGAGAGAGAAACUUCUAGAGAGAGAGAAACCCAAGAUCUACAAACAUGAAACCCUGCUGCGAGCUUUGCAAAUCUCCGGCCAAGAUCUACUGCGACUCAGACCAGGCUAGCUUAUGCUGGACCUGCGACAAUAAAGUCCAUUCCGCAAACUUCCUCGUUGCACGCCAUUCCAGAACCCUCCUCUGCUGCAAGUGCCACUCUCCGACGCCGUGGACGGCCGCCGGAGAAAAACUCGGCCCCUCCGCGGUGUCGAUUUGUGAGAAAUGUGUGAUGGAGGACACUUCCGAUGAUGAUGAUGAAAGUGAAGAAGAAAAUAAUGAAGAUGAUGACUACGAUGAAGACAGUGAAACCGAGCUUCAUGUAGGAGAUGAUGACCAUAAUCAAAUAGUGCCGUUAUGUUAUACCCCACCUCCGCCUGCUAGUUCUUCCAGUAGUGACGAUUGUUCUGUUGGUGAUACAACCGUUUUCGUGAAGCGAAAACGUGUUAACGAUACAGACCUUUGUGAGGAUAUUGGUGAAGGUUUAUCGGGGCAAAAGAACCAGCGGGUGGUGUGUGCAGAGGGUUGUAGUGAAGCAACUGAAGGUAACAAAGGGAGGUUAUAUAAUUUCAUAUCUUUAACUUCUGAGGGGAUGGGCGAGAAAUUGAAAAGCAAUUGUGACGCGGGCAAGAUCUCUGACGAAUGUACAACAAGGACCGUCGGAAUAGAUUUGAACUCGUCGGAAUAGUAGUUGUUGUAGUAGAAAGUUUUUAUGCUCUGGUUAACUUAACAAUACAAUACAAUACGGAAUGUUAGUAUCGAUCAUAUGAACAUAACCAUGGUUUUAUUUGGGUUAUUGUUAGAGGUUAGUUUAAACAAAUUUCUUUAUUAUGGAUCGUGUUUUUUUAUUUUUUUAUUGUUAUUUGAGUUUAUUAAUUAUUAUG